CAAAAUUAAGACUCCACGAGACGAAGCAAUAAAUUAAACCUUUACCUCAGCCCUUGCUUUGCAAACCUCGAAUCAAAGGUGUCGAGUUCAACUUCCACAGCAAUCCAGGUGGAAGAAAUGGGCACUGAGAAAGAUCAACAACAGCAGGAGUUGAGAAAUUUUUUAGUAAGAGUUCCGUCCCACGAAGAGGUGUCAGAGAAAUCCGGGGCUCAGCCACUUCCUUCACUCUUUCGGCCUUCAUCGGAGCCUCCUGCCUCAUUCACUCAAGCUUUUUCUUUCGUUAAAAAUAGCGAAUUUUACACGCCACCGCCACCGCCACCGCCAUCCUCUUCAAAUGAGGCGUCUUCUUCUGCUGGAGCAUCUUUAAACUCAUCACUGAAUAUUGGUGUGGGUCCAGUCUCUCAAGGAAGGAAUGGAAUUAUGGUGAGCCGCAGGCAGCAAGGCAAUCCAAUUCUUAAGCAUAUUAGGAAUGUUCGGUGGGCAUUUGCAGAUAUCAUACCAGAUUAUGUGCUUGGUCAAAAUGCAUGUGCUCUGUAUAUCAGUUUGCGCUACCAUUUACUUCAUCCAGAUUAUAUUUACUAUCGGAUACGCGAAAUACAAAAGAGCUUUAAGCUACGGGUUGUUCUAUGCUAUGUUGAUGUGGAAGAUGUAAUUAAACCACUUCAUGAGGUUACAAGAACAGCACUUCUUCACGAUUGUACUCUUCUAUGUGGUUGGAGUGUGGAAGAGUGUGCUCGUUACUUGGAGACAAUCAAAACAUAUGAGAACAAGCCAGCUGACAAUAUUCUGGAGCGUACUGACAAUGACUAUCUAUCACGACUUAGUAGUGCUCUGACAACUGUUCGACGUGUCAAUAAAAAUGAUGUAGUUUCACUUGGUUCUGCAUUUGGAACAUUGUCAGGAAUCAUUGGGGCUUCUAUGGAAGACUUGGCUCGUUGUCCUGGAAUUGGGGAACACAAGGUAAAGCGGCUUUAUGAUGCAUUUCAUGAGCCCUUUAGGCGGGUCACAAAGUAUAGUAGGAGCCCCAUGAAAACCGAAGUUGCAAGCCAGGACAAAACAGAAAAUGAUGACAGAACUAAAGAAUCAGGCAGGGACAAAGCUGAUGAGGCUUUGGAAGUCAAACAGCCUGAGCUAUCAGUACAGUCAGCUCUAAGCUUGGCAUAUGCCAAGUAUGGGAAGAAAAUUGCUGCACAGAGGGACAAUGGUAACAAAAUCGAAGAACCUAGUGAUGAAGGAGCUACAUCAGAAACGUGUUUAGAAGACAAUGUAUGUCUUCAGCAAAGUUUGUGGAACUUAGGUAAACUCCAUGAACUUAAGUGGUUGAUGUUAUUGUGAAGUUGGUAAUGCUGACUUCAAAGGUGGAUCACAUUAUGGCAUACCAUGAGGGUUGGCGUUCUAUGCUUUUAUUCUAAAGUACAUCUUUGGCAAAGUUUAUGGAAUUUAGGUGAAGUCUGUGAACUUCAGUGUUGGAUGUUAUUGUGAAGUUGGCAGUGUUAACUUGUGUCAUGAUUCAUAACCAAGAUUUCUUCUGCACCUUUAUAGUGACACCGAUAGAUACCAAUUUUUUUUGGUGAGAAGGGCUGGAAAAAGCAAUGUAUAUAUGUUGACUAAGGCUGACUAUUGAUUAUAGGUUUAAAUUCUAUCAGAUAGGUUUUGUAUUUCAUUGUAAUACCAAUGACCCCAGCAAUCUAAGAAUUAUUUUGACUGGGAUUGUGUACUCUUUAAUCAAAUUCCUGAACAUUCGUUUGGAUGAUUGCAA